AAUGGAGAAACCAGAUGCACUGAUUCUGAUUGGUCCAUUCGUUUCGCAAACGCGAUCGACGCGAAUGUCUCCGCAAGCUAUCUUUUCGGCAUAUAUUUCAAAGCCGCUAGAAGUCUUUUGCUCAAUAUCACCCAAAACAACAGUGAUACUUGUCCCGAGUCUUGAAGAUAAAAUUUACCAGCCAGCUACAUUUCCACAGUCCGCAAUGACUGCUCGUAGUUUGAAGAUUCCAGAGUCCGUCUAUUCUCUUCCCAAUCCAUGCUCUUUUCAAUUGAACGGGAUUGGAAUCGGAGUGUGCACAAUAGAUUUAUUGGAACAUGUUGCAAAGGAAGAGGUCACAAAGGGUGUUUGCAA